AUAUCAUAUCAACGAUACGGCCAUAAUCUACGUAGUGAAAUGAAGCACUAUACUAGUACAUAUUCAUAAAAAAUAUCUUAUCAUAUUCAAAUUUUAUCCAACACAAUUACGUCAUUAAAAUUAAAGCAAGAAAGUAAUUACCAUCAAUGAAAGUAUGAAACCUUUUUCUUUAAUGUUGGCGUCAAUCAAUUCUUGCUUCUCAUGCCUUAUCUUCUGCUAAAGAGUUUCACCAAAAAGCAUAACUUGGGCCAUUUGUUGUGACAUCAAUCACGUUAUUACUCUUCUUUUCCUAUGCCUUUACAUAUGAGAGUAGCGGCCAUAACAUAACUUGCAAGUUUUUGUCAUUCCAUAGUCUGAAGAAGCAACAUGUUGUGACAAUCUCAACAAUUCAAUCUGUUCCGACUAAAAUAAAAUGAACAAGUACAGACAAAAGUAAAGAGUAAAAAGGAAGAGAGAAUCACACAUAUCAUUUAUAGUGAUUCGACCGUAGUCUACGUCCACUUUCGAAUCAAAGAGCAGGAGCAAAUCUUAUUAGGCUACACAACAGGAUAUGAAGAAGAAAGAUCAGAUGACACGACAAGUUUUUUGUUUUGGUUAAUUGAAGGGAAGAUUAUGCUCCUCUGAUCUCAUUCUCCAGAUUUUACUUCAAUCCUCCAAAUUUGUGUUAACUUUUUUUGUGUAAUGUGGGCCUGAAAUCUCAUAAACUUCUCUAUUUAUUCCCAAAUUCCCACCCCAUUUCUCUUCAAUUCUCUCUGUCCCACACCUCCAGCCAAAGCUUCCAACAAACAGCAACUUAUGCUAUCACAUUAUUGCUCUAAUUUCAUGGCUGCUUUUCUUUUCUUCCUCGUUUUUGUUCUUGCAGUGUCCUCUAGUAGCACUACUGCUCAGGGUCCACCCUUCCCUGGCUACUACCCCAGUUCCUCUGUUCAAUCUAAUGGCUUUACUCGGUAUUUUAGAAACCUCUGGGGUCCUCAGCACCAAAGGCUCGAUGACCAAGGCACCUUAACCAUUUGGCUCGACAGUACUUCAGGUAGUGGGUUUAAAUCCCUGCACUCGUACCGAUCCGGUUAUUUUGGUGUUGCUGUAAAACUCCAAUCUGGCUACACUGCAGGAGUUCUCACAUCAUUCUACCUUUCGAACAACCAAUAUUUCCCCGGAAACCACGACGAAAUCGACAUCGAAUUCCUCGGAACAACGCCAGGGAAGCCGUACACCCUGCAAACAAACGUCUUCAUCAGAGGAAGUGGAGAUGGAAACAUUAUCGGAAGAGAAAUGAAGUUCCAUCUCUGGUUUGAUCCCACACAGAAUUUCCACCAUUACGCCAUUCAAUGGACUCCAUCAGAUAUCAUAUUUUUGGUAGACAACGUGCCGAUUCGAAGGUAUAUAAGAAGGAACGACGCGACAUUCCCAAUAAGGCCAAUGUGGGUUUACGGUUCUAUAUGGGAUGCUUCCCAAUGGGCGACAGAGGAUGGGAAAUACAAGGCAGAUUAUCACUACCAGCCGUUCGUGUCCAAGUACCGGGACUUCAAAAUAAACGGUUGCACGGCGGAGGCGGGGGAGUCUUGCCGGCCAGGCUCCGGGGGGUUGAGCGAACAACAAUAUAAAGCAAUGGAGUGGGUGCAGAGGAAUUACUUGGUGUAUGAUUAUUGCAAUGAUCCAAAGAGAGACCACACGCUGAUUCCUGAAUGUUAAACCCCGACAAGAAUUGGUCAACAUUUUAAAUAACUUUAAAUUUCAAAAAGAUUAUAUAUAUAAAAAGAGAGUGAGAGAAAAAAAAAAAAAAAAAAGGUUUGAUGUGAGGUCUUGUGAUGGGUCCAGCUUGAUGAAAAAGGUUUGGGAAUUACAAUAGUACGUGUGCGUCCAAGUCCCCACGAAGAUUCGAAGUUUGUUGAAGGUUUUAUUAUUUCUAAAAAAAUAUAUUUUAUAUUUAUAUAAAGUGAAGCAAAAUGUGAUGAUUGUUUUUUUUUUUUUUUUUUUUUUCUUUUUUGAAAUUAAAAAUAAUAAUAAUAUGAUUGUUAUGCAAGAUUAUAAAGGGAAAGUA